UCGCUUCUCGACUCAAAUUAGUUCCAGUUAUAAUUCAAGGAAACCGCUCUGAAAUGAAGAAAUUGAGUUUUAUGUUGGUGUUAGCGAUGCUCAGCGUAUGCUUUCUAUCUGCAGCCAAUUGUGAAGACGAUGAUACCGUCGAUGACGAUAAUGACAAUGAUACUGGCAGCAAUGAUACUGGCAACAAUGAUAACGACGAUAAUGAUAAAGACACUGGCAACAAUGAUAACGACGAUAAUGAUGAAGAUACUGGCAGCAAUGAUACUGGCAACAAUAAUGACGAUGAUAAUGAUGAAGAUACUGGUAGCAAUGAUAACGACGACAAUGACAAUGAUACUGGCAGCAAUGAUAACGAUGAUAAUGAUGAAGAUACUGGCAGCAAUGAUAACGACGAUAACACUGGUGAUACUGACAACAAUGGUGGCAGCGAUAAUACUAGUGGAACUGACAACAAUGGUGGCAGCAACAAUAACGGAGGUAGCAAUAACGGCAAUGGUGGUGGAACUGGCAUUGGAAAUAGCGGAAGCAAGCCAUCAGGUCCGGUUCGUAAAAGGGUUAGAAUGCGGAAUUUCAAAUAUACAAUACGGAAAAAAGUGGUGAAACAACAGAUACGUGGAAAUAAGGUGGUACUACGCGGAAACAAAAAGGCCAAAGACCGAAAACGUAUAAAUAAUCGUAGUGGAGCAAAAUCUGGCUUACGUGUAUAUAAACCUGCAAUUAUUACUGGAUAAAUGCCAAAGUAUCUUAUAUGAGUACCGAGCUUCCAGAAGAGGAAAUAUUUAUGCUAAAUAAUACUUAUGCCAAAAUAUGUACGUACAGUAAAAAAUCACAAAUUUUAUUUUUAUCAAUAUCAAAAACUUUGUAUGCCCUUCGAAAUAUUUGUAAACUAUUUUACUCAACAAAAUUAAAUAUAUUCGUAUAACAUUUUUGUGGAUAUUUAA